AUGCCGCCCUCUCAGCUCAAGCAGCUGAAAGCAUCGCUUCGGGACAGUGGGAUUGUUGGUCCCCAGAAGUCCAAGAAGCAAAAGCAACAGAACGCCAAAUCCGGUGCAACUGCGCAAAACCGAAACCAACGCAAUGCCGCUUUACAGGCUAUUCGAGAUCGAUUCAAUCCUUUUGAGAUCAAGGUCCCUGCAGCAAGAAGCAAAUUCGAAGCCACCACUCGCGAUGGGCCCCCCACUGCUAAGAAUAAUCGCCCCGGUGUGACUAAGUCACUUGGCGAAGAAAGACGCCGAGCUACGCUUUUACAAGAGAUGAACAGCCGUAACAGAGUUGGUGGACUUAUUGAUCGCCGAUUCGGUGAGAACGACCCGACCAUGACACCCGAAGAGCGGGCUGCCGAACGAUUCGCAAGAGAAAGUCAAAAGAAGAUGCGCAAGGAGUCGAUGUUCAACCUUGAAGACGAGGAGGACGAGUUCCAGCUUACUCACAUGGGCCAGUCUCUUUCAUUUGAUGAGGCCAAUCGUGACGAUUUUGAGAUGGGCGAGAAUGACGGCGAUUUGAAAGGCGAUGAAUCCGACGACGAAGCGACACGAAAGCGCAAGCGAUUUAUCGAUGAGGAUGAAGACGAGGGGGAAUAUAUUCACGACCCGGAUGCUGAAGACCAGCCGGAUCGCAAGAAGUCCAAGGCCGAAGUUAUGAAGGAGGUCAUUGCCAAGUCCAAAUUCUACAAGCAGGAACGGCAAAAGGCCAAGGAGGAUGAUGAGGAUUUGCGGGAUGAAUUGGACCAGGAGCUUCCAGACCUCUUUGAGGCCUUGCGAGGCAUGAAGGUCCCGGCUAAGCAGCAAGAGCCUCCUCAGCAAGACCUGGACACCAUGAACCCAGAGCGCGCAGCUAUGCUUUCAGCGCCAGAGAAGACAGACGCCGAAAAGCAGUACGACCAACGGAUCAAGCAGUUGACAUUCGACAAGCGAUCCGCACCCACCGACCGCACAAAGACAGAGGAAGAGAAGGUUGAGGAGGAGGCUGAAAGGCUAAAGAAACUAGAGGCGAACCGGCUCAAGCGAAUGCGCGGUGAACAUGUCAGCGACGAUGAAGCUGACGAUGACAACAAUUCAUUCAUCCAGGACGAUGAUGACGAGUCUGAGAUUGAUGAUGCGACAGCCUUUGGUCUUCCCACAUACGAGCCCCGCACAGACUUGGCCGUGGAAGAUGAGGAUGAUUUCGUCAUUGACGAUGAUCUUGUCGAGACGAGGUCUAACGCCAGCCUCGACAUGGACGGAAGCGAUAUGGAGGAGGAGGAUAUUUCGGAAGACGAGGAAUCUGAGGAGUCAGAACAGGAGGACGAGAACAUUAAUGGAAUGUCUCUACCAGCUGCCAGUGCAGCAUCAACAGCUGUUGCAGCCAAUCAGACAUCGGAUGGCAAGUUGGCCUUUACCUAUCCUUGUCCGGAAGACCAUGAGGCUUUCCUUGAGUUGAUUGAGGGUGUGCCUAGCCAGGAUGUCGCGACAGUGAUCCAGCGCAUUCGUGCCUUGCAUCAUUCCCGUCUUCACCCUGAUAACAAGGCCAAGCUGGGCCGCUUUGCCGAGAUCCUCGUUGAGCAUGUUUCUUACAUGGCGAAUGAGACCGAGGAGCUAUCUUUUGCGCUCAUGGAAAACAUUUUGCGUCAUAUUCACUCCUUGGCCAAAAGCCACGCCAUGAACGUGGUUAUGGCCUUCCGUGCUCGCCUUCGUGAGAUCUCUAACGAGCGCCCGUUGAACUUGCUUCCUGGAGACCUUGCCAUCCUGACCGGCAUCUCAACUGUCUUCCCUACUUCGGAUCACUUCCAUGCCGUUUCAACACCUGCUCAUCUUUGUAUUGCUCGCUUCUUGGGACAGUGCUCAGUUAACAACCUCUCCGACUUUGCAACCGGUGCCUUUGCCACAAGUCUGUUCCUGCAGUACCAGGCAGUCGCGAAGAGAUAUAUGCCUGAGUUCAUUAACUACAUCCUUAAUGCCCUUUGCAACCUCGCUCCCACAGAGCCCACAGCCAAACUUGGAUUCUUCCCGUGCCGUCAACCCCAGGAAUCUGUUCGGCUCGCGUCAUCCAAGAAAGUCACCUCGCGCAAACUGCAAUUCAGCGACAUCCUCACUUCUCCCUCGACCUCUCAGGCCGAGGAAGACUUGAAGAUCUCCCUUGUGACUACUUUUGUCUCCCUCCUUGAUACUGCUUCAGAUCUGUGGGCUGAAAAGUCUGCCUUGACCGAGAUCUUUACUCCUGUCCAGGCCGUCUUGAACCACCUCAAGCAGUCAUUGAAGGGUAAGACUUUCUCCGCAACUCGCGAUUCGAUCCAGUCCACACUGGACAAGCUCGCCUCCCACCUGGAGAAAGCUCAUCUCACCCGCCGCUUCCUUCUCCUCCACGAUCAUCGUCCCCUGGCUAUCAAAUCCGCCAUCCCCAAGUUCGAGGAGAACUUCAACCCAGACAAGCACUACGACCCAGAUCGCGAGCGUGCCGAGUCCAACCGCCUCAAGGCCGAUAUCAAGCGCGAGCGCAAGGGUGCCAUGCGCGAACUCCGCAAGGACUCCAGCUUUGUUGCUCGCGAGAAGCUGCGCGAGAAGAAGGAGCGCGACUCCGAGUACGAGAAGAAGUACAAGAAGCUUGUGGCCGAGAUCCAAAACGAGGAGGGUCGGGCUGCCAACGAUUACGAGCGCGAGAAGCGAGGACGCCAGGGCAAGCGCUGA